AUGCCUGACACAAGGAGAUCUCUUUUGGCACAACCCAACAAAGUCAUAGAUGCAGCUGGGAACCCAAGCCUUGUGCAGCAGCAGGGUGAGCGUCCCUCCGCCACCUGCCCUCAUCGGGCAGGCACGGUGCUGUCCUGCUUCGUUCCAGGCUCCUCAAAGGGCUUCUUCAAGGCUUGCCGCAAUCAACUGAGAGGUGGACAGAGAACUUGCUCUGAGCCUUGCCAAGGAAGGGAAGUUUGCUACAAAAGGCUUGGAUGCUUUACAGAUAGCCCCCCUUGGUCUGGGAUCCCAGGGAGACAACUGGCAGGCUUGCCCAGCUCUCCAGAAGCUGUGAACACCAAUUUCUUCCUUUACACUAGAGACAACAUGAUGAAAUAUCAAAAAAUUUCUGCUACAAAUCCUUCAACUAUCAAAGCUUCAAAUUUCCGAACACACAGGAAAACUCGCUUCAUUAUACAUGGUCAUCUUGCUGGAGCGGACCUCCCCUGGAUAACAAAUAUCUGCAGGUUCAUGUUUCACACCGAAGACGUGAACUGCAUUUUGACCGACUGGAGAGGUGGCUCUAGCGGUUUGUACACCGAAGCAGUUAACAACGUCCGCAUUGUGGGGGCUGAGCUGGUAUAUCUGGUGAACCUUCUUGAGAAAGACUAUGGCUACUCUCCUGCCAACAUUCAUUUCAUCGGCCAUAGUCUUGGAGCACAUGCCGCAGGGGAGGCAGGGAGAAGGAAACCUGGCAUUGGAAGAAUAACGGGUUUGGAUCCAGCUGGCCCCCUUUUCCAGUAUACUCCCACAAUGGUUAGGCUGGAUCCUUCAGACGCAAAAUUUGUUGAUAUAAUUCAUACUCACGCUGCUCCAGGGAUUCUUCAGACUUGUGGCCACCUUGAUUUUUACCCAAAUGGUGGGAAGAAGAUGCCAGGAUGCAAGCAGCUUCGUGUACCUCCUGCAACUAGGAAUAUUAAUGACCUUAUGAGAGCAUAUAGGUCUAUUGGAUGUGGACAUAAAAGAAGUCUCCGGUAUUAUGCUGAGAGUAUUAUCACUCCCAAUGGAUUUGUUGGGUAUCAGUGUGAAACAUACCGAGCUUUUGUAUUG